CUGCCUCUCCAGCUGGCUCUGAGUACACCAACUCGGCUUCUCGCCCAGACAGGAACCAAGCACAUAUAGAAAUCCACCGUUAAAAAUGAAGUCCUCGGCACUCCUUGCGGCUUGCAGCGCUCUCUUGGCCGCUGCAAGCCCCAUCCUCCAGGGUCGCCGACUCUACAUCUCCACGGAUGUCGUGACUGAAUGGGUCACUGUCACUGUGACCGAGGGCGACGCCUCGACUGCCUUCAGUCGUCCCGUGCCCCACACCAAGGCCACGACGACCACCAGCAUCCCUGAGCCUUCGACCACUUCGGUGGCUCCUCCUCCUCCUCCGCCGCCCCCUACCUCCACGUCCGCACCUGUUAUCCAAGCGGCCCCUCAGCCCACCCAACAGCCCAGCCCCAGCCCGCAGGCUGCCGAUCCCCAGGUUCAGGCCGCUCAGCCGUCCUCGGACACCCCCGCUCCCGCUCCUGCCCCAAGCACUACUACCCAGGCUUCCGCGGCUCAGCCCUCCGACUACACGAGCACUGCUCUUUAUCAUCACAACGUCCACCGUUUUAACCACUCUGCCAAUGCGCUCGUCUGGAGCGACGAGCAUGCCCAGUAUGCUCAGACUCUCGCUGAGAGAUGCGUGUUCGAGCACGACACGAGCAUCGGCGGCGGCGGCUACGGCCAGAACAUUGCCAUGUGGGGAUCCACGGGCGACCCUGAAGCGUUUGGCGCCACUGGGUCAAUCGCACGUGCUGCCAGCAAUGGCUGGUAUAACGGCGAGUUGAACGACUUCCCGGCGAGCAGCUACGGCGCGAGCACGCCCGACAUGACCAACUUCGAGAAAUGGGGCCAUUUCUCGCAGCUCGUCUGGAAGGACACCCAAAAGGUUGGCUGCGCCACCGUUUUCUGCCAGCCUGGCACGCUGUCCAGCAUGGGCUCGUGGUUCUCCGUCUGCAACUACUACCCUCCUGGCAAUGUGGGCGGUGCCUACGGUGACAACGUGGCCCCUCCCGAGGGCCAGCCUAUCGUUACUGCGGCUUAGGCUGGGCGUCGAACAUUGGUAGCAGCCAUCUCCACGGGCAAGU